AUCUCAAUAAACAAAAUGGCUAUCUGUAAUAUUCUACAUGGAAAAUGCAUGCAUCUCUGCAUCUGCACCACCAAACCAAAUCCAGACUUAACUUCACAUCUCUCUUGUGGUUUUGAAUUGGGACACACUUGCGCAAGUACUGCCGGCACCAUGGUGAGAGGCCUGGGUGGUGCCUCUUGCACAAGAAACUUAAGCUCAUAAAAAGAGGCUGUGCAAGUUUUGCCUGUCAGAGGGUCUUUCAUAUUUACAGGCAGCAACUGCAGAUCAUUCUCCAACAACCAACGACUUCUCCCCGGGAUGAAAAAGAAGCUCAUCCUCGAUGUGGACACAGGGGUGGAUGAUGCGCUGGCCAUCAUGAUGGCCUUGUCAGCACCUGAUGUGGAGAUACUGGGGAUCACCUGCUGCCAUGGAAACACCCCCCUUGAGAAAGUCCUGAAGAACACCCUCCGGGUUUUAAAGGCGUGCAACAGGCUGGAUAUCCCAGUGUACGCAGGAUGCUCGCAACCACUCCUGUCCAACAAGCAACAUGCCAGCGAUUACCAUGGGAAGGACGGGCUGGGUGAUGUCCCAGAUCCAGAUGCUCCGGGAUUGGAACUGGUACAGAAGAAAAAUGGUGUGAAGGCCUUAAUCAAAAUGGUCAAGCAGAACCAAGGAGAGGUGACUCUGGUGGCCACGGCACCGUUAACUAACCUUGCAGUCGCAGUGCAACUGGACCCUUCCCUUCCCAAGAAGCUAAAGGCUCUGUACAUCAUGGGAGGCAACAUUGAGUCCAGGGGUAACACCACAACAUGCGGGGAGUUCAACUUUGUUGCUGACACAGAGGCCGCCUAUGUUGUUUUGGAACGCUACACUUGUCCCACCACCAUCGCUUCCUGGGAGUUCACCUGCAGUAACAGCCUGCCAUGGUCCUUUUGUGACCAGUGGCUUUCUCUGAAGACUGAGAAAGCUGCCUUCAUGAAAAACAUUUCAUGCCUCUCCAGGACGAAAUCUCAGUCAGCGGACUACCAGAAGGAAAUCACAGCAGGACAAGGCUUCAAUGCUUGCGACACCUAUGCCCUGGCCGCCGCCAUCAAUAACUCCCUCGUCACAGAGAGUGAGCAGGUGGCUGUGACAGUGGAGCUGGACGGGGCCUGCACCCGAGGCAUGAUGGUGUUGGAUUACAUGGACCUGCUGAAGAAGAAACACAAGGUCACCAUCAUGAAGAAAGUCGACUUGGAGAAGUUUAAGCAGAUGCUCACCAAUUCACUCAAGUAGAGUGACUUGCAACAGCCAAGAUGGGAACAUUGAAAUGUGUUUCAUAAGUCAAAUAAAAUCGUGAUUCAAAAAAGAA